AUGUACAUUAAAUCCAUGGUGAUUGAUGGAUUCAAAUCCUACUGUCAGCGCACUGAGAUACCUGGGUUCGAUAUUCAAUUUAAUGCCAUAACUGGUCUCAAUGGAUCUGGAAAAUCCAAUAUUUUGGAUGCGAUUUGCUUUCUGUUUGGUAUAACGAAUUUGUUUCAUAUUCGUGCCUCUAGUCUGCAAGAACUUGUUUAUAAAGGUGGUCAGGCUGGCAUUACCAAAGCAACUGUCAGCAUUGUUUUUGAUAACACCGACAAAUCAGUCUCACCUUACGGCUAUGAACAAUUUGAUGAGCUGACGAUAACUCGUCAGGUGGUUGUUGGUGGAAAGAAUAAGUAUCUGAUUAACGGAACAAAUGCUACAAGCACCCGAGUACAGGAUCUGUUUCAUUCUGUACAGCUAAACGUUAACAAUCCUCAUUUCCUCAUUAUGCAGGGGCGCAUCACAAAAGUUUUAAACAUGAAACCCCCGGAAAUUUUGUCUCUUUUAGAAGAAGCUGCGAGUACAAAAUUGUAUGAGAAUAAGAAGGAAGCUGCCCUUAAGACUAUUGAAAAGAAGGAUAGCAAACUUCGAGAAAUUGAUAGAGUUUUAUAUGAAGACAUCACGCCGACAAUUAGAAAAUUGCGUGAAGAGCGCAGUAGCUAUCUAGAAUAUCAGAAGGUUGUCCGUGAAAUUGAACAUCUCUCUAAGCUCAUUGUGGCGUAUGACUUCACUCGUCUUGAGGAAGCUAAGCAGCGCAGCAAGGAUGAUCUCGUUAGCCUAGAGACAGAUCUUUCUUCUGCAAAGGGAAAUCUGGGUCAGUUGAAUGCACAGAAGAUUGAGCUUGAUAAGAAAAUCUUUGAUUUGAUGGAGGAGCGCCAAACGUUGCUAGGCCCUGCACUAGAGGAAGCAGAGCGACUACUAACUGAGCGUCAGAAGGAGGAGGCGGUAGCGGCAGGAGCAUCGACUCGCGCCAUGGAACGUCUGCGGACUGCAAAGAAGCAGCUCCACUCUCUCGACGUUCAGUUGUCUGAAGGGGCCACCCAUUUGGCAGCGAAGCAGCGUGCAGCUGAGGCUGCUGCCGGUGCUGAGUUUCAUGAUCUCGAAGAGGCUGCACAGCAGGCACGAGAAGCUCUUACUGAGGCACAGGCAAACUUGGCUGCGACUACUUCGGGCCUUGGCGGCCGUGGGUCUUCCUCCAAGGGUGCUGGAGGCCUGGCGGAGCAGGCUCGCGUUGCAGAAGGUCAUCGAGUGGCGGUGGAAACGGAGUUACGUCAGCUGGAAAUGCGAGAGGAGCAUCUGUCAAAGGAAUUAGCUGGCGGGGAGAGGAAACUUGCAGCGAUGGAAGCGAAAUGUGGGGUGGAAGGACAGGAGGAGGCGCGAAAACGAUGCCAACUUAUGGAGCAGAUAGCAAAGGUGAAUGAGCAGUUAGAAGAGAUUCGCAGGGCAGAUGAGGAGGCAGGCGGUGAUGAGGCUGCAAUUACUAAUAGGUGCAAUGAGGAGGCAAAAGCCGCGCGUUUGUUGCAAUCCCGCAGCGAAGAGUUGGGUCGUCAGUUUCACCAACUACAAUUUGAGUACACUGAUCCGACACCAAAUUUUGAUAGAAGACGUGUUUACGGGGUGGUGGCGAAGUUGUUUGACCUCGUUGAUUCAAAAUAUGCUACUGCUAUUGAAGUUGCCGCUGGUGGGAAGCUUUAUAACGUGGUCGUAGACACCGAAACGACGGCAAAGGCACUACUGGAUAAGGGACAUUUGGCGAGGCGAGUAACGAUGCUCCCACUCAACCGGAUGCGUGGUGCUCCGGUGCCAGCAGAAGUGUUGCAUCGAGCUGAAGAUUUGGUUGGUGCGAACAACGUCGCGCCCGCCCUCUCUCUUAUUCGGUAUUCCUCUCAUCUUAAACCUGUUAUGGAAUUCAUCUUUGGCGGUCUCCUUGUCUGCCCUACUCUCGACCACGCUCGUCGGGUUGCCUUUCAUCCAGGCGUUGAGAGACGCACUAUCACCUACGAUGGUGAUAUGUUUGAUCCACAGGCCAGUUUCUUCUUGGGUACACUAUCGGGUGGUUCACGAGCAGGCUGCGGGGGCGAUGGUGCAGCCUGUCUGCUGAUCCGCGUUGCGCAAUGGCGUGUAGCGGAAUGUGAGGCGGCAGAGGCCAGGGCUCGUGCUCGAGCGACACAAGAGGCACGUGAGUCUGCUGCGGAGCGCACACAUCGACGUGCUGACCUCGUCGAGAUCCUUGACCGCACUCGUCAUCAACUUGCCCUCGUUGAAACCAACCUUCGGCAGUCGGACACGCACCGUCUUCGCUCUGAUCUGGGACGACUAAGGGAGGAGCUAGUGGAGGUGGAUGAGUCGCUAAAGCGCGGUGCUACGCGUUUAGCCGAAGCAAAGAAAGCGGCCGAGGAGGCGCAGUGGCGUGUAGAGCACGCACAAGAGGAGGAGGCGCGGGCGCUGCGCGAGGCGGAGGCUGCUGUUUAUGCCGCUCGGAAGCGUGCUGACGCGGCGGAGGAGGCGCUACAACAAAAACAGCACCUUAAGGAGACCCUUCGUCUUGAAGCCGACGAAUUGGCUCGCGAGUUGGAGCAGAUAAAGGUGUCUUACAUGUCAGAGCGCUUCAGUCUGUUCGAUUGGGUCGAUCACGUGUCUCCACGUCUUGUAUGA